AGAGAGGAAAAGAGAAAUCUGGUCUCUCUGAUGCGAGGUUGCUGGAAAACCUGGAUCACCAGAAAGCUGCCCCUGGAGGGUCCUACAUUGGCUAUUCCAGGGACGAUCCCGUGUUCCGGGUUUUGCACUGUAAACAUCCACACCAAUAAUAGCCAGAGUUCAAGAGUGAAAAGGAAGAGGAGAGGAAAAAACUAGUGAUACAACCAAAACGAAAGCAGAGACAAGUAACUGAUGAUCCGAUUGAACCCCGGGCAUUAUAUCUCCAGUAUUUCAGCAAGCUGAAUCUCCACAUUUUUGUACAGACCAACAUUGGUUGCAAAGAGAAAUGAAGUCACUGAAAUAUUCAAGACUUGGAAAUAGCCAGAUAACAACAGAAUCAACAUCAUCGUUCUGCUCUUUUUUAUCUACACAGUCAAUAUCUACACAGUCAAGGAAGUUUACAUCUGCAAAGGCUUGACUCAGUUGGACUCUGUUUUGUCGUGAAUAGAAAUAAAUAAAAAGAUUGAACAGUUUCAUGAAGUGGGCAAGUGCUCAGGUACUGGCCAUUGUCAGAUGUUUCUAGGUAUGAAAAUCAUUUUCUUUGUGGCCAGUUCACUAACAUCAUCUGAUAGAGAUGAAAAAUAAAAGAAAACACUUAUCUGCCAGCCUGUUUUGAUGUCAGCGAUGCGUCAGUAACCUAAUAAAGAAGAAAGAAAGAUUAUUCCUCUAUGAAUUGCUGCAUGAAAGGAAAGCCUCCUGAUGUCUGUGCUGUGAAACGUUUGCUGUUUUUCAGCAGUUCCAGAGUGUAUGUGUUCUAUCUGGAUUAGCAUUCUCUUUCAGGAGCAGGUCUGUACAUUUCCUCUCUCUUCACUCUGCAAAAUAAGAUUAGAAGAUGAAGCUGAAUGAACGUAGCGUGGCACAUUAUGCCACAUGUAACUCUCCAGUAGACCAUACUGGCUUUCUGUGCAAGCGUGUGGAGCGCCACCAUCACCACCAUCACACCACUUCCUACCAUCGCCGCUGGUUCAUCCUGAAGGGCAACUUGCUAUUCUAUUUUGAGGACCGGGAGAGCCGGGAGCCACUGGGUCUAAUUGUGCUCGAGGGUUGCACUGUGGAGCUGUGUGAGGCUGCCGAGGAAUUUGCCUUUGCCAUUUGCUUUGAUGGCACUGGGGGCAAGGCUUAUGUGUUGGUUGCUGAUUGCCAAGCGGCUAUGGAGGCAUGGGUGAAGGCACUGUCUCGGGCCAGCUUCGAUUACAUGAGGCUAGUAGUUAAGGAACUUGAAAAACAACUGGAGGAGGCCCGGAAGAGUUUAGUCACCUGCCACAAAUUACCCAAGAAAGCCACCUCUGUGCGCAAGAGACAUCUCUCCAAUCCUGCCAUGGUACCAGUCAAGGAGAACUCUGUCAUCUUAGAGAAUGGGUCUUCCACAUGGGAUAGUGCCUGCACUUUUCCAGAUGUUGUCUCUUUGGACCACGAUGGGGGACAUUUAAAACCUCCUCCAUUACCUCCACGUCGAAAACCCACCAGCAGCAAUGUGAGUGGAAGCUUCACUCCUGGUCUUGCUUCUCCAGGGCAAGAAAGUCCUGUGUCUCCUGAGACAACGUGUUUCUCAAAAUUGCAUGAUUGGUAUGGUCAGGAGAUUGCAGAGGUGAGAAAGGAAUGGCUGGAGAGUCCAAAGAGAGGAGAAAGGUGGUAAGAAAAGGGCCUACUUUUGAAGUGGAUUUUUCUUUUUUUAGAAAAAAUGGAUACCAGCCUCAUUUUUCCGGCAUUCUUGCUGCCCUUAUGGAUUGUUCUUCCAAGCAACAGAGUUGCCAAAGAAUUCAUAUUUAUCUCUGGAAUAUUUAAUUGCAGUUAAAAGUAUACUGUGGGUUAGCCAUGUCCCCAGUGAAGUAUUUCUUGUUAAUCAUGAGAUGGCCACAAUAUCCCAAAGAAUUAUGCAUUGUCUGUAACUCAAGUAGAAGCUAUCAUAUAUUUUCAGACAUUGACUGAGACUCAAAAUAGUGCUGUGGUUCUCUAUUUUGAAAUCUCUGCUUCUUGAUAUAUGAGAGGAAUCUGUGUAUCGCCAUCCUUUCUCUUGUGUCCUACAAUGUCUAUAUAUUGCAGUUGCUUUGAGAUUUAUUGUUGAGAAAAGUACACUAUGAAUUGUGCAGCAUGGUAAAUAUAUUCACUCACAAGAA